AUGGUGGUGACCGGUGAUAAUCUACAUAGAAUUCAGUGGCUAAUCACACAACUCAGUACUCAGUUCUCAAUUAAAGACCUUGGGUUUCUUCAUCAUUUUCUGGGCAUUGAGGUUCAUAAAUAUGGUUCUAAUCUCUUUCUCUCACAGCACAGGUAUAUUGUGGACCUCCUCACUCGAGCUAGUAUGCAUGAGAGCAAGCCAUUAUCAACUCCAAUGCCAACAAAAGCACAACAGAAAUCUGGUUCCCAGGAACUAUUUACUGAUGUCAAAACCUAUAGAAGUCUCGUGGGAGGUCUGCAAUAUCUCACAUUUACAAGACCAGAUAUUUCCUACAGUGUGAAUUAUGUUUGUCAGUUUAUGCAAGCUCCAACAACAGCCCAUUUUCAGAUGGUCAAGAGGAUCUUAAGAUACCUACAAGGCACUACUACUCUUGGUAUUCGAAUUCUGUCCAAUAGUUCACUUGAUCUAUAUGGUUUUUCAGAUGCAGAUUGGGCUGGCUGCUCAACUACACGAAGGUCUACAACAGGUUUUUGCACUUUUCUUGGAGGUAAUUGUAUAUCUUGGAGUGCAAAGAAAAAACCUAUAGUGUCAAGAUCAAGUGCUGAAGCUGAGUAUAGGGCUAUGGCCUCUACUGCAGCAGAGCUAACAUGGUUGUCCCUACUUCUCAAAGAUCUUGGUGUUCCAUUAACCAAGGUUCCAUCACUGCAUUGUGAUAAUUUGAGUGCAUUAUAUAUGACCAUUAAUCAUGUUCUACAUGCUUGA